AGAACUCCUAUAAAAGGGGUGGCAGGUCUUCAUGCAUUAUCCAAGUUAUCAGCAAUAACAAAGUGUUCGCUUGAUGGUCUCAAUCGCAAUGGAGUUUCGCGUCCUUGCAACCUUAGCUUUACUCUCUGUGGUGAUAAUAGGAACAUGUAAUGCUGCUCUACCUGCUGAGGUGUAUUGGCAUUCCAAGUUGCCAAACACGCCUAUUCCACAAGAUCUUCUGAGUCUUCUUCAGCCCGAUAUGGAAGAUAAGUUCACUUUCUGGGACAUGGGUUUGAUGGAUAAGACUUCUGAUGAUCGACGUAUAAAAUAUGGAAAGCGGUAUGAAGACGCUUUUGGUGAAGGCAUGGAUGACAAGAGACAGAAAUAUGGUAAGCGGUAUGACAAGCGGUACGAAAAUGCUUUUGAGGAAGGCGUGGAUGAUAAGAGGCAGAAAUAUGGUAAGCGGUAUGACAAGCGGUACGAAAACGCUUUUGAGGAAGGCGUGGAUGACAAGAGGCAGAAAUAUGGUAAGCGGUAUGACAAGCGGUACGAAAAUGCUUUUGAGGAAGGCGUGGAUGACAAGAGGCAGAAAUAUGGUAAGCGGUAUGACAAGCGGUACGAAAAUGCUUUUGAGGAAGGCGUGGAUGACAAGAGGCAGAAAUAUGGUAAGCGUUAUGACAAGCGGUACGAAAACGCUUUCGAGGAAGACGUGGAUGACAGGAGGAAGAAAUACGGUAGGCGGUAUGAAAACGCCUUUGAGGAAGGCAUGGAUGACUUUGAGGAAGGUGUGGAUGACAGGAGGAAGAAAUAUGGUAGACGGUAUGAAAACGCCUUUGAGGAAGGCGUGGAUGACUUUGAGGAAGGCGUGGAUGACAGAAGGAAGAAAUAUGGUAAGCGGUAUGAAAACGCCUUUGAGGAAGGAGAGGAUGACAGGAGGAAGAAAUAUGGUAAGCGGUAUGAAAACGCCUUUGAGGAAGGAGAGGAUGACAGGAGGAAGAAAUAUGGUAAGCGUUAUGAAAACGCCUUUGAGGAAGGAGAGGAUGACAGGAGGAAGAAAUAUGGUAAGCGAUAUGAAAAUGCCUUUGAGGAAGGUGUGGAUGACAGGAGGAAGAAAUAUGGAAAGCGUUAUGACAAUGCUUUUGAGGAAAACACUGAUGACAAAAGGAAAAAAUAUGGAAAAAGAUAUGAAAGGAAAUUUGACAAACAUAAUCUCCCCAACUCAACGGUGUUCUUUAUACAUAAUGAUCUUCAUGCAGGGCAGAAAAUGAGACUUCACAUAACAAAAUCUACAAACAAAGCUAGAAUCUUGCCUCGUCAAGUUGCUGAUUCCAUACCUUUCUCAACUGAUAAGUUAUUAGAAAUUUUUCAGCGUUUUUCCGUAGACCCUGAAUCAAGCCAAGGCAAAGUCAUAAAACAAACUAUAGAUGAUUGUGAGUCACCUGGUAUUAAAGGAGAAGACAGAUAUUGUCCCACUUCUUUGGAGUCUUUGGUUGAUUUUAGUGUUAAACAUGUUGGGAAUAAAGCUCAAGUUCUUUUUAAUGAGGUAGAUGAACCCAAAAGAGAGCAAGAGUACACUAUUAUGGAUGUCAAAUUCAUGGGAGAAAAUCAUAUAGUGUGCCACAAGCAGAAAUAUCCCUAUGCUGUUUAUUAUUGUCAUGCACUACAUAACACUAAAGUUUAUACAGCUCCGUUGGUGGGCGCUGACGGUACUAAAGCCAAAGCAGUGGCAGUUUGCCAUUCAGAUACAUCUGCAUGGAAUCCAGGACACUUAGCCUUCUUACUCCUCGACAUGAAGCCAGGAGAAGGAACAGUCUGUCACUUUAUUAGAAGUGAUACGUUUGUUAUGGUAUCCUCUAAUGAAAAUAUUGAAAAAAGCUCCAAUGAUGCCAAUCUCCUCAGUCAAGCUUAGAGUUUAAGCUUGCUUUCUCGUUGUACUACUGCUAUGCUAGAUUUCCCAAUAAGCCACUUUUUAAAGUGCCAACCUUUGUAUUAGAACAUGCUCAACAUUUAUCCCUACCUAUCACAUGUUGAUGCAUAUGCAAUGUUAAUAUGUUGUACAAUGUUGUUUUAAUUAAAUUUCCUGUGAGUCUUAGUGCACUUGUUUCUUCUA